AUGGAUAAUUCGAGAUAUCGCAGAUUACAAGAACCUCCAAUUACCCCGCCUUCUCGAGUUCACACAGCAUAUCCACGUGAAAAGCAUCAGAAAGUAGAAUGCGCUCCUCAACCAAAUGACCCAUUCCAAGACUCAUCACUGCCUCGGCCAUCAAUUGCGGAACAACGAUUCGAGCUGCCAUCAACACUUUUGAGUCCGCUAAAGGCACCAGAGUCAUCCGAUCGGUUUAAGAACCCUUUCUUGAACCUUCUUCCAAAUUCGCCAUUGAAUCCACGGAGUAACAAUUUCAAUCCUAAAGAAUGGAUCACAAACUUGGUUGCAUUCAUGGGACAAGAUCCAAGGCGAUAUCCUCGAAGAAGCGCAGGGUUUUCAUUUGAGAAUUUAAGUGUACACAGUUUCAAAAAACCAACUGACUAUCAGAAGAAUGUUGCAAAUAUUGUGUUCGAAAUCGGCGCUAUGGCUCGAUGGUUAGUUGGAUCCGGAAAACAAAAGGUCCGGAUAUUGAAGAGUUUUGAUGGCUUAGUCGAGCAUGGAGAGAUGCUACUACUUCUCGGCCGACCAGGGAGUGGAGUUUCUUCUUUGCUGAAAACGAUAUCUGGUGACACUCAUGGACUUUUCAUUGAUCUAGAUUCUACUAUCAACUAUCAAGGAGUCUCCAUGACCGAAAUGCACUCACGAUUUCGAGGCGAAGCAAUUUAUUUGGCCGAGUCAGAUAUUCAUUUUCCAAACUUGACUGUUGGCGAGACACUACUCUUCGCAGCUAAGGCUCGAGCACCGCGCGAUUUUACUUUUCCAGGAGUGACUCGAGAAGUGUAUGCGGACCAUAUGAGGGAUGUGAUGAUGGCAACGCUAGGUCUUAGUCACGUCGAGACAGUACCGGUGGGGAAUGAUAGUGUCAAAGGUAUUAGUGGAAGUGAGAGAAAAAGGCUGAGCAUUGCAGAAGCAGCUUUGAGCGGUUGUGGAUUACAGUGCUGGGAUAACAGUACCAGAGGUCUGGAUAGUGCUUAUGCACUCGAGUUUCUUAAGAUGGUUCGACUCUCAACCACUCUUGGAAAAACAACCGCAUGUGUUUCAUUAUACCAAGCCACUCAAAGUGCUUAUGAUUUAUUUGAUAAAGUUACAGUACAUGAACUCCCAAACCACCCCAAGAGUAUUAUUGACAAGCGUUUUGAAUUCCGAGUACCGCGGACCCCUGAAGAGUUUGUUAUGGUCUGGAAAACAAGUCGUCAUUAUGCAAGACUUUCGCAAGAACUCGAAGCAUACGAAAAUGAAUACCCCUUUGAUGGUACCCAUGCUCUAGAUUUCGCCGCUGCAAGACGAUCUCAGCAAGCGAAAUAUCUGCGUAGCAAAUCAGCAUACACACUCUGCCCAAGACAACAAGUUAUGUUAUGUAUUGGUAGAGGCUUCCAGAGGUUACGUAGCGAUAUCAACUUCGCAGUUCUUGGUCUCGCAAUCAGUAGUUUGAUGGCUCUGGUCAUCAGUUUCAUCUUUUACGAUCUACCUGGCGACACCAGCAGUAUCAACAGCAGAAGCACAUUGCUGUUUGUCUCAAUACUGCUUAGUGCGUUUACGAGCUUGCUUGAGAUUCUUCGGUUGUCCAGUCUGCGUCCCAUUGUGGAGAAGCAAGCAAGAUAUGCAUUCGUGCAUCCAUUCGCCGAGGCAUUAUCUUCCAUAAUCUGCAGCAUACCAUACAAACUUUGCAACACGAUUCUUUCUAACUCUAUUCUCUACUUCAUGACCGAUCUGAGGCGAACAUCGUCGGCUUUCUUCACAUCCAUUGCCUUCUCCUUCGUUAUUACAAUGACAUUGUCUAUGAUGUUUAGAACGAUUGGAGCAUCUUGUCGUUCUCUUGCUCAAGCUCUCUGCGUAGCAGCUAUCAUUAUACUAACUUUCAUGAUGUAUGCAGGAUUUGUGAUACCACCGAUGGAUAUGGUGCCGUGGUUUUGGUGGAUAGCUUACAUUAAUCCAGUUGCAUACGCCUACGAAAGUUUGAUAAUCAACGAAUUUUCUGGCCGUAUCUUUCCAUGUGCGAAUCUCGUGCCAACUGGCCCAUCGUACAUUGGCAUCAGUCCCCACAAUCGAGUAUGCUCUGUUGUUGGAUCUAUUGCGGGCUUUGAAGAAGUGUUGGGAACUGUGUACCUUGAGCUCAGGUUUGGUUUCCAACCUCAUCAUUUAUGGCGAAACAUGAGCAUUUUAUUUGCUUUCAUGGCAUUCUUCAUAGCCACAUACCUACUCGCUUCAACUCCUACAUCGACAGAGAAAGCACAUGCGGAGAUAUUUUUGUUCCAACGGGGACACAAGCCACAACCGAAGAGGCAAAGGCAUCUGGAAAUAUACUCAGGAGCCGAAAUUCAAAAAUAUGGCGGAAAUGGUGAUCCAAUAAGCAGAAUACCUAGGCAAACAUCAACAUUUCAAUGGAAGGGCAUUUGCCUUGAUAUCAAAACAGGAGACGGUACACGUCGAAUUUUGGACCACGUCGAUGGUUGGGUGAAACCGGGUACUUUGACGGCACUCAUGGGUCCGGCCAAAGCAGGAAAGACAUCUUUGCUAGAUGUCCUGGCAUCCAGAAGCAAAGUUGGUAUUGUUUCUGGGGAAUGCUUGGUUGAUGGUUGCAUAAGUGAUAUAUCAUUUCAACGCAAAGUUGGAUAUGUUCAGCAACAGGACUUCCACCUUUCAACAACGACAGUACGUGAAUCACUACAAUUUAGUGCCAUCAUGCGUCAGUCAAGUAAGGUCACCAAAAAAGAGAAGCUAGCUUAUGUGGAAGACAUAAUCAAGAUAUUGGAAAUGGAUGUGUAUGCAGAUGCUAUUGUAGGAGGGUUGAAUGUCGAACAGAGAAAAAAACUGACGAUAGGUAUUGAGCUUGCUGCCAAACCUAAACUUUUACUCUUCUUGGACGAGCCUACCUCGGGUCUCGACAGCAGCACGGCAUGGGAUAUACUCGAGCUUUUGAAAAAGAUUACAGCCCAUGGCCAAGCAGUUUUGUGUGCAAUCCAUCAACCCUCUACAACAUUGUUUCAGCGCUUCGAUCGUCUUCUUUUUCUUGGCCCUGGGGGUCGGCCAAUAUACUUUGGUAGGCUCGGCGAGAAUUGCGAAACGGUCAAGAAGUAUUUCGAAGCCAAUGGGGCCGACCCUUGUCCUCCGGAUGAAAACGUAGCUGAAUGGAUCAUGCAGACUAUUGGAUGUACUCCUGGUUCACAAAGUCUUGUCAACUGGCCCGAGGCUCUAUUACUUGGGUUUUCCUUCUUCGAAGAUACAGACUCUCUACAAAAUCUACAAAAUCAGACUCUCGGCGUGUUAAUGCUUCUAACUUUGGCAUGCAGCUUCGUUCCCCAACUUCUCCAGAACGUUUCAGUGCAACGAGCUCUGUUUGAAGCACGAGAACGUCCUGCAAAGAUUUACUCAUGGCCAGCUUUCGUCAUCAGUAACAUACUUGUUGAGAUGCCUUGGAAUACUCUAGUGGCAAUAGUGAUAUUUCUGAGCUGGUACUAUCCUAUGGGGAUGUACCGCAAUGCACUGUCAACGAAAAUAAUGCUUGAGAGAAGUGGAGUGAUGCUUAUUCUAAUUUGGGUAUAUCUGAUAUAUGCCAGUACCUUCGGCUACAUGGUGCAGAUUGGCCUUGAGCGUCCAGAGAUGGCCGGGGAUAUAUCGAAUGCUACAUUUCUGUUGUCUUUGAUGUUUUGCGGCAUAAUCUCAGCACCUGUAGCACUACCUCAGAUAUGGGGUAUCGUAUGGCUUCUAUCUCCGUUCACUUAUCUAGUCGACGGCAUGCUCUCGGUCGGCCUUGCGAACGUCCCUGUCACAUGUUCCCAAAACGAGUUUCUUCACUUUGAACCGGUGACGGGAAGUAGCUGCGGUUCUUAUAUGUCUAGCUAUAUGCAUAAGUCUGGAGGAUACCUAACCAAUCCUUCUGCGAAGAGUAGAUGCGUUUACUGUCCCAUCAAAGAUUCGACUGAAUUCUUGACCGGCGCGGGCAUGAGUUACAAGAAUCGGUGGCGCAACUUUUGCAUAAUGUGGGCUUAUGUGGGAUUCAAUAUCAUAAUGACUUUGUUUAUCUACUGGUUAGUCAGAAUCCCAAAGAGCUGGAAGGGGAAGCCCAAAGAGAGCUUGGAGGGACCAUCAGAUCUGAAAGAUAAAGAUGCCAAUGAACCAAGUCAUUCGGAGAGAAGCUUCGUGAAACACUUUCCACAACCAAUUUACGCACCAAAAAUGUACUGCGCAGAAUGCGGGUAUCCCCUCCCCGACAUCCGCGACGAUAACACAACAUGCAGCAAAUGUAAAACGAGACUCGGUACCUGGUGGGACGAAUCAUCCAAAACAAUGCGCACAAACCGCGAAGCUUUUGUACCAACGAACAUGAUGAGCGAAUUAAUGGGAAGCAGAAGUCAUUUUGAGAUCAACAAACAGGUUUCUGAGAGGAUGAACAACUAUGGAUUGGAGGAGAGAGGGUUCCUAGCCACAUUGACGAUGUUAGAGAUGCGAUGGGGUCCUGGAGGUGGAGCGGGGCUGGGAAGAAAAACGAUGGAGGGUUUGGGAAAAAUGAUUAGGAGUACAUUGGACAUGUCGCUUUCAAGAGGAGAGGUCCGCGAGGCCCUGGCUAAGAAUGUGGAUAUAUGGAUGCGCCUGCAACGAAUUUUCUACCUCGCGGUUCCAAUACUCGUCUCGAGAUCCUUGCGCGAAUCUUAUACAGAACAGGGUGCACCGUCGGGACUCGAUGUGUCGGAGAGUGUGGCGCUGAUACUUAAGAACUUUGAUGCGCUGGUGGAGGAUUUGGGAUAUUUGAAUAAUUUGUUGGUGGUUAGUAGGAAUAUGUUGGCUGUGAAGGAGACGGCGCAAGAAAUUUGUAGGGCGGUGGGAUUGGAUAAGCAGGUUCAUAAACUGGUUAUUCUGUGUGUGAAUGUUACUAGUAAGGGGUAUGAUGGGGAGAAUGUGGAUGAUAAUAGUAGGGGGAGGUUGAAUGAGGUUACGGAACUUUAUAAAAAGCUUCUGGUGACUUGUUUACAACAUACGCAUAAUUGGACUAUGGGCAAUGAUAGGUUCAAGAUGUCGUUUUGGUUCGAUAUGCUUUUCGAUAAUGAUCUGCAUAACGAUCCUGUGCAUGAACUUCCUCCGGACGAUCUAAAUGUGGAGAAGGUAUAUCAUGAGGUUAAAAAUUGGUUGACCAGACACUCUGCCGAUCAGGAUGAGACAGCCAGGGAGCUCCUGGAGAACUAUUCUGUGGAAGCUGAGAUGGACUGUACACCUGGACUACUUCCACAAAUUGACGAAUUCAUCGUCACGGAUGCGGAUAAGGAGGAUGAUCCUGAAGAAACAACACCGGUAUGGAAACCCGAAUUGACGGAUAAAUAUGAGCAAGAUCGUCUUUACGCCCGUGUGUCGCAUGAAAUUGAUAUCUGGUGGAAGCGUCAAAGAGAUCAAAAUUACGAGGGUUGGGUUAUCAAAAUGGUAUCUGUGGAGGAUGCAAUGAAACGCGCGGAGGCUUGUAAGGAGACUGCGAUGCAUAGGUUUCUUCCUCAACGGGCUUUCCAAGAUCAAGAUGCAUAUGAUCAGGAUGAACAAUUAGAGGAGCCACCUUUACAUGAUGAGAUUGAUGAUACCCGCUCGAUGGAUGGGCAUGAUGGUGAGGAGGAUGGUGAAGAGGAAGAUGAGGAAGACGACGAUGAGUCUUACGCGGAAGGACCUUUGAGAGGUCUUUUAACCGAAAUUCCCAAUAUACUCGACACGAAACAAAUCGAGGCUCUUCAUAUGACUGUGAAAGCUUGUAUCGUCGACUCAAUGGGUUCCGGACUCACACCAGCUGGUGAAAAUCUCCAGAAGACACGAUGUAAAAUGUUUCUAGCUUUGGAUUGUGGCAAGAAUUUACUUCGAGAGAUGCUAGUUUUUAUCGCCGUUUGGGAACAAACUGAUCAACACUUCAUUUUCCAGAUUACCGCUCAAAUCAUCGAGUCCUUUCAUCACAACGCUUUGUUGCCAUAUGCUUGGAGCUCUCUUAGGAUCAUGAAGGAUAUUGUCUCGCCAGCACAAACAGUCCUUUUACGUCUCAUCAAUUACAUGUUCCGCGCUCGAAAGGAUAGUCCUAUCUACGAUGAUCUGAGAGAUUACAACAGAGAUGCAAAGCUUAUUCAUUUCCUCUUUACAUAUUUCCGCACACGCGUCGUCCCUGAUUGCAUUGCUCUCAUUCAUGCGCAAGCUCAAAUUCGAGCCCAAAAGAGCGAUCCUAAUGACUUCCCAGUCGAUUUAUGGGAUAUGGAACGUGCUAAAGAUGGACUUUCGCAAUAUCUCGACUUCAUAUCUGUCAUUGCAGAAAUACCCGAGAUGCGACCACUUCUCAUUGAAUGGGAAUCAGUCUAUGAACUUAUCGCUCUUCUCCGAGCUCUCGAACAGGGCGUGGCACGAAAAAAUUUCUCCGAACAACCAUUACCCAAUCGUCGACCAGCUCCUGUACCUCCACCAGGCGGUGGAAUUCAAGCCAUAGAACGUCCAUAUGAAAGUCCCACCAGUCAAAACUCACCCCAAUUUCCUGGUCCCGGUCAAACUCUUCCACCUCUUCACGACACACCACAUAAAUUCCCAUGGUCAGGUAUUAAAAUCCAAAUCCUCAUCAUUCUCACAUCAUUAGUAGCACCCGAUAAUCCCCGUCGAAACGGACCUGGAAAUCCUUUAGUGCAGAGACAAUUGUUGGAUCAGAAUGGCAUCAUGCCGCUACUUAAUUGCUGUGUUUAUGAUGGUCAUAAUGAGUAUAUUAAAGAGAGAGCGACGCUUUGUCUGAAAUAUGUUAUGGAGGGUUGUGAUGAGGCGCAGAAGUGGGUGAAGGAUUUGGUGCCGGCUAAUAAGCAGAGGGGUGCGGGCGCGCAGGGGGGGAAUGGAAAUGCGAAUGGAGGUGGAGGUGGAGGUCCGGGGGGGAAUGCAGGUGCUGGUGGUGGUGGAGGAGGUAAUGGUGGAAUGGGCGCAGGUGUGAAUGUGAAUAGGAAUAUGAAUACAGGUGGAGAAGCAAGUAUUGGGCAACGCAUGGGAGAUGUGGAUCCGGCGCUGCAAUUGGAGAAAUUGAGGUUGCAGGAGAGGGUUAGAGUUGCAGAGGCAAAGGCUAGGGAUAUUAGGGCCAAGGAAAAUGGAGGGAAGUAG